CAGCUGCACGCGCCGCCCCCCGCACGCCCCGCCGCCGGCCUCCGCGUUCCAGGGCGAGGUUGAUUCGGUUGCGUCCGGCGUCUCGCGCCCCCUUUUUUUUUUUUUUUCCCGGGAUUCUCCAGCCCCGGGCCGCGCGCGCCCCUUGCUCCCGCCUCCUCCCCAGCAACUGCAGCAGCCAUGAGCGGCUGGAGCUCCUACAUCGACAACCUCAUGGCGGACGGCACCUGCCAGGACGCGGCCAUCGUGGGCUACAAGGACACCCCGUCCGUCUGGGCCGCCGCCCCGGGCAAGACCCUGGGCAACAUCACGCCGGCGGAGGUGAACGCGCUGGUGGCCAAGGACCGUAGCAGCAUGUUCGUCAACGGGCUGACGCUCGGGGGCCAGAAGUGCUCGGUGAUUCGGGACAGUCUGCACGUGGAAGGGGAGUUCACCAUGGACCUGCGGACCAAGAGCACGGGCGGGACCCCCACCUACAACAUUGCAGUCUGCAUGACCAACAAGACGAUAGUUCUGGUCAUGGGCAAAGAGGGCAUUCACGGGGGCUGCGUGAACAAGAAAUGCUUCGAGAUGGCCAAUCACUUGAGACGCUCGCAGUAUUGACGCCGGCCUGGCACUCCACUGCGGUACUACUGAUGCCCACGCUGGCUGGGACCACCCAGGCCCCCUCCCCCCUGCAGGGGUUCGCCCUGCCCCGGGGCCUGGAUCAGCCCCCCAUUCCUCGCUUUCGGAUCUCCACUCUGGCCCACCCCGGCUCUCCGCCACUUUUUCUAUCACAAAAAUCCUCUUCGUUGCUGCCAAAUUUUUUCUGGUUGUUUUAAAAACAAAAAAACAAAAAAAAAGUUGUAGGUUUUUUUUUGGGGGGGGGGGGGGAAGGGGGAAGAAAAAAAACUAUAUUGGAACAAAAGAAAUAAAAAGGAAAUUUGAAUAAUUCUCAA